CAACAAUGCCGAUCUGUCAAUUCACUGCAACGAGUAAUCGACGCAAGAUUGAUGUGCACGCGCAUGUGCUGCCAAGAGAUAUACCCGAUUUUCAGCAGAAAUUUGGCUAUCCUGGCUUCAUAACUCUUGAUCAUCGAGAGGAUGGUACGACAAACAUGAUGAAAGAUCGGAAAUUAUUUAGGACCGUUGAGCCAAACUGUUUUGAUGUGCAGACACCACCGUACCAGUGA